AUUAAUGUAUGAUAAUAUAUCGGAUUAAUUCUCAAAAAAUGCUCAAUAUUGCAUAUACAUGUGCUUGGGCAGUGAGUCACCUAGAUGUGGACCGGUCAAAUCAAUACGGUAAAAAUAUAUGCUAUGUUUUACCGACAUGCCUCACUGGUAUUCUAAGACAAAGCUGGAUUUUCUAUCUACAGCAAUGUUUAAAUAUCAGAACUGAUAGCAUUUAAAAAUAUAGAAUAUUUACAACGACGUGGCAUACAUAUGUACAUAUAAGUAUAUAUAUUUAUGUCACAUUGUGUUGAACUACUAUCAGGUAAUAGCGAAAAGGCAUAGUAAAAGUUAUUGCUUAUUGUAAGAGUUUAUUUGGUAUUAAGAGUCUGUCACAUUUGUUUAUUUUAGGCGUCGUCAUCAAAAUAAAUAAUAUUUCUCGAUGUUUUAAAAAUAGCGACGUUUGAACAUACAAUCAAUGCUUUCUAUGCAUUUGUGCAGAGGCGAAUGUGAUAUUUUAUGUUAAAAACGUUACAUACAUGUUCACUAAAGAUUUGAUCCGAAUUAUCUUAUGUGAAAAAAUGUCAGAUUGAAUUUUCAAAAUCAUUCUAUGACAAGCCCUCAAAACUUUUUUUUAUAGGAAAUAAUUUAUUUAUGUACCUAUUUGGGCAUUAAGCAAAACCUGUUUAUUAUUCAAUAUCAGUUUAGGAAAGCCUAGUGAUAUCAAUGAUGUGAAAAUUUACGUAACAUAAUCCAAUUGGAGUUUUAAUACUUAUUUGGGUAAAGGUAUGGUUACAUUUUUAAUAUAAAUCCGGAGAUACAAUUCGAGUAGUUAGUUCUAUAGCAUAAAAUUUUUACAAUAAUACUUUAUACAUAUGUAUGUAUAAGUUGCCGUAGCAAUUCAGUACGAUUUUCUUAAGUGUAUUAAGAAUGUGAAGUCAUUAUCGUUCAAAAUUAAGAUCAUAUUAAAAUACUUUCUUUCUUAGUGACGUUGAACAAGUUUCCGUCUCUUUUCAUAUAGCACUCAGGCGAAGAGCCCCCUUUUCCAUUUCGAAUGCAAAUUAUCAAAUAUUGAUCAAUUGAUUUAUAAAAUAACAUUAUUACUUUUUAUAUUUCAUCAUUUAUAAUUGUCUAUUGACUUAUGUACGCAUGUUUUGUAGGCUGCUUUUUGUUAAUGAUUACUAAAGACACUAGUAUACCAGAUAUUGCGUGUUGCUAUAGUUUGCUGUAGUAGUUGCCUAGCUAAAUGGCUGAGUCAUCAGUUUGUUGUUGCCGAAGUUUGCUUAUGCGGUAAACAGAUUUGUGAGAGGCUGGUUCUUUUCGGACGCUUAUAGUAUGAAGUUGCUAUUACGGUUUAUAACCACAGUACCAGUGGCAGUAACGCUAGUCAGCAGCAUUGUGAACGUUGGAUGACUGAAAAGAGCUGUGGAAGUUGCUGACACAAAUUUGUAUUUUGCUUUGUUGAAAAGUUUGCGCUUUUCUAGUCAUAUUUUCGUUAUUUUCUAUCUGCUAUAAUCUUUGCUUUUAUUUCAAUAUGUGGUUAUUCAUUUAGAUUUUAACCGUGAACGCCAACGGACGAACACGAGCAAAAUAAUUUAAAAUUGAAUCGUGGAUUGAGUACAAAAUGCUCCUUUGACCUAAGUUUGAAGUUAAACAAGUGCAAUAUUAGCUUUAAUCCCGAAAAUUAGUAUACGGCUAAAAUGAAAAUAGAGCCGUCCAAAUUAAUUUUGUGUUUUAUUUCUAUAUACAAUUAAUAUACAGCAACAGCAAUCUUAAAGCUAAAUAAAUAAAAUGUAUACCAUACGUACAUAUGUAUAUGCAUAUAUAGUAGCAAGCAAAAAAGUUUCCACAUGCUAAGACUGCUUCAAUUAAAAAUGUUUCUUUUUGAAUAAUUGAAAUGUGAUAUUACAAAUAAACUACGAUCGCUGAGAAAAGAGAAAGUGUGUUGUGUUCUGUUACCUUUUCCGCAACUUUUGUGGCUCAGUGCUUAUUAAUGUAUAUGUACAUUGCAUAUACCCCGACUUAUUACGUAUUAAAAGUAAUUUCACUCUGCUUUUGCCGCAUGAGCUUACAUUUGUCAUUGUUGUUGAAAACAUGACAGACUCCGAACCGGUCAGUUUGGAGUUCAUCGAAGAUCCAUACCUGCCCAAAUUGGAUAAUAUCACAACUCCAUCACUAGAUGAGGAUACCGAAUUGGAUGAUCAAUUGGUGGACUUGGCCGAUUGGACAAAUGAGACCGAACAAUACAUAAGAGAUUUAACAUUAGAUCAAAUUUUUUACGAUGUAGAUUCAGAUUAUACGAACACGCUUGAACUUCAGGCUGUUGAAACGGAAUUUAUAGCAACGAAACUAGCCAAUCAAUUGCCUUCAACGUCAAUCGCAAAACGCUUCCGAUUACGAUUCUUUACGAAACGUUCAAUGCGUGAGGUUAAAGUGACGUUUAUUGAUUUCUCUAAACCAUAUUUAGCCAAGAUUUCGAGUAGUGAGAAUUAUAAGAAAUUCCUAAAUAUUGGUUCCACAAUUACCAAAGAUAAUACUUCAAAACUAUCGGAACCAGCAUCUCCAGUAGCAUCUGUUGCGUCCGCUGAUAUUGCUGCCGAGUUUGCCGCACUCACCGCAGAAGAGCAAGAGAAGCAACGGGCCGAAUGGAGUCAAGAACUUGCUCGCGUUGAAGAGGAAAUAAAUACAUUGCGUACAGUACUGGCAUCGAAAACGCGACAUGCCUCAGAUUUGAAACGCAAACUGGGGAUCACUAUGUGGAAAGAGAUUACGGACGAUAUGAAUCAAGGCCUGAAGAAUGUUAAAGAAAGCUCUGUUUUUCAAAGUGUUGAACAAAGUGUUGGCAAUCUUACGAAGGCCGUGCAUGAUGCCCCAAUUUUUCAACGUACCGAAUCGGUGCUCAAGUCCACAUCGGAAAAGACCGCUUCAGUAUUUGGUAGUAUAACUAGCGGCAUAACUUCAAAAUUCUCACAAAUGAAAAACUCGGAUUCGAUGCGUUCGAUUGAAGAGAAGGUUGGCUCAGCCUAUGAGAAUGUUAAAGUAAGCUAUGAACACAACAAUUUUUUGUGCCAACCCCAUGCGACAAGAGUAUCAACUUCGCGUUCGGGUUCAAUUAACAGUUUCCCUGAUGCCUUAAAUGAAAACAAUUCGUCGUCCGGCCUGAAUUCGCCAACGGAGUCAAUAACAAAAUAAGUUUAAAAUUAAAUUGUGUUGCGGUUUUUAAUUUUCUUCAAUAUAUUAGCUUUUAAUUUGAAAAGGAAAAACACACAGACACAUACAAAUAUAUACAUAUACAUAUAUUAGCAAGUGGAAUAUUACUUCCCUGUUUUCCUUCCUUUAGUGAGUUGGAAAUUUGUAUUCAUUUUACACAUAUUUGACUUCAAGGCUAUUUGAAUUCUAAAGCGAUACAAGUAAUAAAAUGUCGACAAAUAAAAAUUUAGUUACGAAGCUAACUAACGCCAUUUGAAUAACUUUA